AAAACACUCAACUGGCUUUCACCAUUCGCCAGCAAGAUUUACCCUCUGCGGUCCGGUGAUGAGAUUGAAAAAAACUAGUCGUUAGAUGUGGUAACGUCUACUAAAUUUGAAACUUCUAAAAGUUGCUAAAACAGUUCCUUUUCCCAUUUCCACCUCCCUCGCUCAAUCAAUCAAGAAAAAGAUUCAAGUUCUCUAAAUUCCUACAUUUUUCGAACUCCAAUUUUAGGGCUUCUGAUAGAAACUUCUUAUGCAAACACCUUGAAUCCCGCAUAGCCAUUUUCUCUGCUGUCACAUUCCCAUAUCCUACAUUGCAAGCUGCCUUGAGAUAAUACACACAGCUCGUAGCUCCUCUGUUCAGUUGAAUUUCGAAGAAGUAUUUGCAAAAAGUUGCAGUUUUAGGAGCCAAUGGCACCUACUCCGUCCAAAUCGAAUCAGGCUCAUUUCGGAAAUUCGAAAACACCUCAAUCCAAACACCGACUCAACUUGUGUAGGCCAUCACCGAACCCCAACGCGGCAGCUGCGAAAGAAGCUCUUCCAGCCGAGCAUCCGGUGGAAGUCGUUGGGCGGAUCCGCGACUAUCCAGAUCGCAAAGAUAAGCCUCAACCGGCCGUGAAGCUGAAUGGAGACAGUCAGUCAUUGAGGGUUAAAACUGAAAUAGGGUACAGAGACUUUCAACUUGAUGGAGUUUCGUUGUCAGAAGAAGAAGAUCUCGAUGUUUUUUACAAGAAAUUCGUUCAGGCAAGGAUAAACGGGGUGAAAUUGGGGUCUAACUGUACUAUUAUGAUGUAUGGCCCUACAGGUUCCGGUAAGAGUCACACCAUGUUUGGUAGCUCCAAGCAGCCUGGAAUUGUGUACCGAUCAUUGAAGGAUAUAUUGGGAGAAGGGGAUGAAGAGAGUGCAGAGAAUCGUGUGAUUGAGAGAGCAGGGACUUUCGUUCAGGUCACUGUCUUGGAAAUAUAUAAUGAGGAGAUUUAUGAUCUCUUGGCCACUAAUAAUGGUGGAGGAUUUGGCUUUGGAUGGCCUAAAGGCAAUGCUUCCAAGCAGGUAAGGUUGGAAAUCAUGGGGAAAAAGGCUAAAAAUGCAACUUUUAUUUCCGGAAAUCGAGCAGGGAAGAUAUCAAAAGAGAUCCAGAAUGUAGAAAAGAGAAGGAUUGUUAAGAGCACUCUAUGUAAUGAGAGAAGUUCACGAAGCCAUUGCAUGAUAAUUCUUGAUGUUCCAAUAGUUGGAGGACGGCUUAUGCUAGUUGACAUGGCAGGUUCUGAAAAUAUAGAACAAGCUGGUCAAACUGGUUUUGAAGCCAAAAUGCAGGUAGAUGUGCUAUAACGUCGAGAUUAUGACGUAUCAAAAGAGUACUCCAAUAUGGCAAUUCAAAGAAAAUGCUCUUUUUUCGCCACAAUGGUUUUCGCUUUCUCUUCUUGCUAGUACUCAUAGAUGCGCCUGCCGUUACUCCUUCAGCACUAACUAACUGGUCUACAACUUCAUUACCUGACAAAACAUUAGGUGGAGUCCUCAGCUCUUCCUUGCCAUCAAAGUUUGUUCGAUCAUAUCUCCAUUUGUGGCGACUCGGUAAAAAUCUGCGAUGGCCCAUGUAACAGUGUUUAGAUCCUUUUCUCAAUCUGUAAGAACAAGUAUUGUUGUUACAUGAAGGACAAGCAAAAGCUCCAGCAGUUCUCCAUCCAGAAAGAUCACCAUAUGCCGGAAAGUCACUUAUUGUCCAUAGCAAAGAAGCAAACAUUCUAAAAUUCUUUUUCUUUGAGGCAUCAUAAGUUUCCACCCCAACUUCCCAAAGAAACUUCAAUUCCUCUAUUAAAGGUUGCAAAUAUACAUCCACUUUAUCCUUUGGCCCCUUAGGACCGGGAACAAGUGUGGAGAGAAUUAAAGAAUGUUGUUUCAUGCAAAGCCAUGGAGGUAAGUUAUAAGGGAUAAGAAUCACUGGCCAUGUACUGUGUGUUACAUGUCCGUUUCUAAAGGGGCUAAAUCCAUCACCUGCUAAACCAAGGCGAACAUUUCUAGGAUCAGAGGAAAAUGAAGGAUAUAGCUCAUCAAACGUUUUCCACGCUUUAGAAUCUGCCGGAUGUCUCAUUGCCCCAUCAUCCUCACGUUCAUCGUGAUGCCAUCUCAUACUUGAAGCUGUUUUAGAUGACAUGUAAAUUCUUUGUAGUCUGGGAAUCAAUGGAAAAUAACGCAUCGUUUUGCAUGGGAUCUUUCUAACCAUAGAAUUUAAGGUACCAGAUGCAUCGCUUUGUUCCUUUUUUUUCCAUCUACAAGAAUUACAGUGAACACAUUCAUCCGCAUUCGCAUGCUCCUUCCAAAAUAACAUACAAUCAUUUGGGCAUGCAUCAAUUCUUUUGGGCUCGAGAGAUAAAGUCUUUAUAAUUUUUUGAGCAUCAUAAUAUGAGUCAGGCAAUGUGUUACCCUCAGGCAAUGCAUCUUUAAGUAGUUCAAGAAGCAUAGCCAUGCUUUUGUCACUUAUUCCACCUAAACACUUGAUGUGGAAUAGCUUAAGCAAGAAGGACAACUUUGAGAAUUUCUUGCAACCAAGAUAUAGCUCUAACUCAAGAUCACCCAUCAAUUUGUAGAAGCUAUUUACUAAUUCUAUUGGAUCACUAGACUCGCCAAUAUUUGCUUCACCAUCAUUUGUAUCCUUCUCCCUUGACCUCCCAAAUGCAUCAUGUAGCAUUUCAAACAUAGAUGCAUGCUCUAUGUACUCAUUUGAUGCAUCUAUGUUAUUCUCAUGAGUUGUCCACUCCUCACUGUUUUCCCCAUGCCGCAACCAGCGAGUAUAGCUCUUAACAAUUCCAUGUUUAAUCAAAUCCAACUCUAUUUCUACUCUACCUUUCUUCCUUUCAUUAUUGCACUUCAUACAUGGACAAGGAACCACAUCGUCCACAUCAUUUUGUGAAAAAGCAAACUCUAGAAACUGUUUUACGCCAAUCCUGUACCUGGGGUCAGCUUUUUUGAAUUGCAUCCACUCACGAUUCUUGUAAACCAUUGUAUUCUAAGCAUGAUCAUAUAAAACAGUUAACUAACACACAAAACUCGAAAACAAUAUUUCAUGCAACAACAAAAGUCUGACUAGGUUAAACUUCCAUAGUUUGGCUGCAAAUGAAACAAUACAUUAACUCUCUACUGAGAUGCUACCAAUCUGCCCAAAACUGGAUAAUUUGGAACUCGCUGAGGUACAUAAACUACGAAAUCAGGUACGUCCUUGUACUCACUUUGAAAUAUAUAAUUUUCAAGCCUAUGUGUUUUAAUCUAAAAUGAUUUUAAAAAAGAAAAAAAAUCUAAAAUGAUUUUUUGUUAUGUUAUUUGCUAUUUACGUUUAGUACAGUUUGAAAGAACCCAAAUCUGGCUGGUUAUCUGCGUGAAAUCCAUAUUUGAGCUAAAGUUUGAUAAUAGCUUCUUCUUAUGUCUCUUACUAAUUCUUUUUGUUUGUUAUGUAUUGGGAGAAAGGGCAAAAACACCACUAAAUUUUAUAUAACCUGAAACACACGGUAAACCCCCCUUUUAACUAACUGAAACAAUUUAACUGAACAAGGAAGUGUUAAAGGGGCUCAUUUGACUAUUUUAGACCAUAUAUACAACAAAAAUGUUUGUAUGUUUGACAUUUAUUUUUAAUUUCAGCUUGUUAUCUAUUAUAGAUAUAUAUCUAAGAGAUCUUGGUCUUAAAACUAGCACAUAUUUCACCCAAUGCAAAAACAUAUGUAAUAUAAUAUGUACAUAUUCAUAGUACAAUAAAAUAUUCUAUAAAGCUUAACACCAUCCGAUUUCACUAUAUUCAUCACAUGUGUUUGCCCCAAACACAAAUAACACCUUUAUCAAAAAGAGUACUAUAGCUAUGUGUUCCUAAAUAUCUCAGUAAGUGGUGAUGGAUAAAAAGAGUAGCAACAAUAUGGUUAGUUUGCCUAUAUUGUUAUGAUACCUGAUGCUUAAAAUUAACUACUUUUUAUAACUUAAGACUUUAACAAUUUUUAUAGGUGUGACUGUGAUACUUCUCGUCAUUCUCGAUGCCUCUGGAUUACCUGGAGGCUUAUAUUUAAAAAGUUGGACAGCUGGAUAGAAAUAAUUUGAACACACAUUGGAUGGAAAUAAGGAAAGAAAGAUGAGCAUUUAAGCACCACUACAUUGUACAAUCUGUAAAAGGAAAUUAUUUUGUGAAAAAGCGAACUCUAGUCACUGACAUUUUCCUAAUACAACCGGAGCAACCAGAAUCUUCAAAGGGGGCAUCAAAUGAACCUUUAGUAGAAAAGUAAGUAUAUUUAGAUGAAAAAGGAGCACAAGGCAUCUCUAAAUAUGCAAAUCUGGAAUAUCCUCCGGGAUAUGGAUCAGACAAUGAAGUCCCAUCCAUUAGUGAGUGCAAAGACAUGCGCUUAUGUCUAGUAUCCAAAGCAGUGUUGUCAAUAGCGGCGCAAUAGCGCGCUACAGCGGAAUAGCGGUGCGGCAGACAGGGUAGGCGCUACAUGGAGGGCUCUAGCGUGGCGUUUGGGUGUUGCGUCCAUAGCGCCCGCUAUAGCGCAGGUGCGGGAGAGAAAAUAGCGGCCGCUAACGCGACGCGUUUUAUGUUACAGAGUACUGCGCAGAAUAUGAGCCUUCUGGGAGGGAUUUUAGCGUUAGAUUUUUUAGCGCAGACAUAGAAGGGUUAAAUUAGACUUUUAAAACAAUAUUUUAACCUAAUUAAAACCCAUACACGUACGUUAAACGCUACUAAAAGCUCAAAACGAAGCCAGCUUUUGAAUAUAAUAGUAUCUUAUAUUUUACUCAUGAAACUAAAUAAUAUUUCUAAGUAAUUUAAGUGGGUGAACCAUCUAGUUUUAGUAGUUAUAAAAGAAGAAGUUUAAUAUAAUUAAGUAUAAUAUUUCUAAGUAAUAUUACAUAUGCUUCUAGUAGUUACUUAUCUAUUAUAUUUGAAAGUACUCCAAAUGGUUCUAUAAAACUUAGAACCAUCUACUUUCAGUAACAAAUAACAAAUAAUGACAUGUAUAGAAUGUAAACAAUUCGAUUUAUAUAGAUGGAGUUUUAUAUAAUUAAGUAUAAUAUUUCUAAGUCAUAUUACAUAUGCUUCUAGUAGUUACUUAUCUAUUAUAUUUGAAAGUACUCCAAAUAGCGGUCAUCCCGCUAUCCGCUAUACCGCUAUAGCGUUUUGGGGACUGCCCGCUCCGCUAUCUGGGAUUGACAACACUGAUCCAAAGUGCAAAAAAUUGUAGAUGAGAAAGAUGAAGCUUUAGUGGUUGAUAGCAGAAAGAAUCCAGUCCCGGAUAUCACCUUGUACUCUGUUUUUGUUAUGUUAUUUGCUAUUUUCAUUUAGCACAGAUUAAAAAAGUAGAAAUCUGUCCAGUGAUGUAUUCGGAAGCCAUAUUUUAAGUCUAUCUAAACUAAAGCUUUAUGGAAAAUCUAUGAACUAUGAGCUAUAUGAACAAAUACACAUAUGGUACACACAUAUAUUAACCAAAAUUCGGAAACUACUCUGGAAAAGAAAGAGAGGCAGUGAAUGCUCUUGUUCAAGUGUAUAACAGUUAGCACUCAACCCCCAUGAAGUUUUUUAUUAAG